CAUACGUGGCACACAGCGGCUGCAGUACCACCUAGGGGGGCUCGCGUUAAAUCGCGAGGCAUUGUGGGGCGGAGGCGGCCUUCUCCGUUGAAGCAGCCAGAAAUUCUUCCAAGUAAAUAACGGGGGGAGGAACAGUUUGAGCACAGCUUGCGAGAAAAAAAGGCAGCUCAUCAGCACUGUGGUGGGCCUUAACUAUUACCGAUAAAGAAUAUGGGACAGGAGGAUCUCAUGAAUACAGCCGAGGACGUGGCAGACCAGUUCCUGCGGGUAACCAAGCAGUACCUGCCCCAUCUGGCACGUCUGUGUCUCAUCAGCACCUUCCUGGAGGAUGGCAUCCGCAUGUGGUUCCAGUGGAAUGAGCAGAGAGAUUACAUUGAGGCUACCUGGAACUGUGGCUACUUUCUGGCAACUUGCUUUGUGCUGCUCAACCUCAUAGGACAGCUGGGUGGUUGUGUCCUCAUCCUCAGUAGAAAUUUUGUACAGUAUGCCUGCUUUGGAUUAUUUGGCAUCAUAGCGCUACAGACCGUUGCAUACAGCAUUUUAUGGGACCUUAAAUUUUUGAUGAGAAACCUUGCCCUGGGAGGUGGUCUGCUCUUGUUGCUGGCUGAGUCCCGCUCAGAAGGGAAGAGCAUGUUUGCCGGAGUCCCCUCUAUGGGAGAGAGCUCACCAAAGCAGUACAUGCAGUUGGGAGGCAGAGUACUCCUAGUGCUCAUGUUCAUGACCCUGCUGCACUUUGACUCCAACUUCUUCUCUAUCCUGCAGAACAUGGUGGGGACUGCCCUCAUCAUCCUGGUGGCUAUUGGCUUCAAAACCAAGCUUGCAGCGCUGACCUUGGUGGUGUGGCUGCUGGCUAUCAAUGUCUACUUCAACGCUUUCUGGACCAUCCCAGCCUAUAAGCCCAUGCAUGACUUCCUCAAGUAUGACUUCUUCCAAACGACCUCGGUCAUUGGUGGCCUGCUGCUGGUAGUGGCACUGGGGCCCGGAGGUGUGUCCAUGGAUGAGAAAAAGAAGGAGUGGUAGGAAAGGGGGGUAAAGUGAGAGGAUUGCACAGCACCACUACCUUCCCCCCCACCAGCCUGGACACAAAGACCCUCCCUCCCUUCCAGCUCCCAUCUCCAGGGUACAUGUUUUUUUUUUUUCUUUUUUUUUUCUUUUUUUUUCACCUACCAUAUCCACAGCAACCACCUGUCUCAUCAAUGGACACUCAGUGUCUUUUUUUUUUUUAAAUUUUCCUCCCAGCUGCUGUUUUUUGUUUUGUUUUUGUUUUGUCUUUUUAGUUGAAGCUGAUGAUACUGGAUUUUUUCUAUUCCUUACAUUUAUAUCCCCAGCAAGAGUUAAAACAAACAAACAAACAAAAAAAAAAACAGGUUUAUUGAAUAAUUGUCAAAGUGCAAGGUAACUAACUCAUGGAUGAAGGGUGGAGUUAAGGAGGAAAAAUAUAUUUGUUCUAUGUGCGGAUGGAAUGAAUAUAGCAUUGUGUUUUAUGGAUGUUAUAUCAUGACGUGUCAUAGAUAACCGGCAUAUUUUGUCAAUAAAACUGGCAAAGUGGAGAGAGCACAUCAGUUUGCGUUCCCCCAUGGAUGCUAAUCUUUUUUUUUCUGCUCUUAUUGGAUAUUGGAGUAUGUGAGACUUGCUCACCAUAUCAACCUGAGACCUUGGGCACUGAUUCGACAGCAACACGCUUUCACUCUCUAGGUUUUCAUCUCCCCUCUCUCUCAGAUGCCCUAGCCUUGAUACGUCUAUACAUGUUCAGUCUGAACUGACUGAAAACUGUUUGUAGAUGGGGAGUUGAAUCUGGGGGGGAUGUGUACAUUGUAUACUAAGUGGUGGAUUGAAAAUCGCAACACAGUUGUUAGCUCCAGGACUUAUUAUUGGGCACUUUGUACUGUACGUCUUUGGCAAAUGCCUAACUAGUGAACUGUAUAUGAUCGGGGACAAUAGGGGGAAGCUCAACGUUUGUGAAACGCCAUAUUCUGCGAUCUAGAAAAGCAAAGAGGACUAAGCAGAGUCAGUAGCCACCUGGACUUUGUCUUUGCUCAGUGUUUUUUGCCCUGUGUAAGAAAAUAAAAAAAAAAAAAAUUCAGUGUA